UUGACAAACAUAAUUAAGAAACCCUCAACAGAAGGCAACGCGUGGUAAUUUCAUCUAUAUUUUAAUAAAAAAAAAGUCUUAAUAUAGAAUUUAUUUUAAUUUUUUAAAAUUCAGUCUUCUUUAUAAAUUUUCCAAAACUAACAACUGCAAUUUCCGUAAAACUUCCUCGAUCACAUAAUAUAAAUCCUCCGAUACUUUUUUCAUGAAAGUUAUAAAACCUAGUGAAUAACGCUUCUAUUUGAGUUGAUAGUUGAAUACUUAUAAUUUACCAGAAAUUAAAAGGGUUUUUAUAAUUUGUUGAAUAAUAAUAAAUUACGAGUAUAAAAAUUAAGAAGAGAUUGAAUGGGAGGUUGUUUUUCGGAUGUGAGUGGUGGAAUGGCGGCGGUUGGUGGGCCCAUGCCAAUGGCGGCGGUCGGAGAUGGACACAAUGAUGCAGUCGAUUACUUCUACAAACUUAAGGGUUAUCAACCUUUGUUUACUCAAAUUGAGUUAUCCCUGUCUGCUUCAAAGCUACUUGAUCGUGAUAUCGUUUCAAAGAGUGAUCCAAUGGCUGUAAUUUACAUGAAGAAGCGGGAUGGAACUCUUGAGGAAAUUGGUCGUACAGAGGUUAUCUCAAACAAUUUGAAUCCUGUCUGGAUUGGGAAAAUACCUAUUGCCUACCAUUUUGAGACUGUUCAGCCACUGGUGUUUCAUGUAUAUGAUGUUGAUACAAGAUAUCACAAUUUACCUGUGAAGUCACUCAGGCUACAGGAUCAGGAUUUUCUUGGAGAAGCAAAUUGUGUCCUAUCAGAGAUAUUUACCAAACGUGAUAAGACUUUGACUCUAAAGCUGAACAACAAAAUUAAGAAAACUGCAGGCAUUUUAAAUGUUCAUGCAGAAGAGAGUGUUGCAUCAAAAAGUGCUGCAGAGAUUGUAUUCCGUUGCACGAAUCUGGAUAACAAGGAUUUGUUGUCUAAAAGUGAUCCUUUUCUGCGUAUAUCUCGGAAAGUUGAGACUGGAAAUGCUGUUCCAAUCUGCAAGACAGAGGUUGUUAACAACAACCUAAAUCCUGUAUGGAGACCACUUUAUCUGAACACACAACAUUUUGUAAGCAAGGAUAACCCUUUGAUUAUCGAGUGUUUUGAUUUUAACAGCAAUGGAAAUCAUACUUUUAUUGGCAAACUUCAAACAUCAGUAGCAGCCUUAGAAAAUCUGCAAAAAGAAAAGACUGGUAUCAACUUUGUCAAGCCACACAACGGUCGUGAAAAGGUUCUUAAGGGUCGGUUAUUUGUAGAUACAUAUCGUGAAAAGCAGCUGUACAGCUUUCUAGAUUACAUUUCUAGUGGUUUUGAGCUCAACUUCAUGGUUGCUGUUGAUUUUACUGCUUCAAAUGGAAAUCCUAGAAGCCCUGAGUCCUUGCACUACAUUGAUCCCUCUGGCCGAUUGAACGCUUAUCAGCAAGCUAUAAUGGAGGUUGGGGAGGUUUUACAGUUUUACGAUUCAGACAGACGUUACUCUGCAUGGGGUUUUGGAGGAAAGACAAUGGAUGGCAGUGUCUCCCAUUGCUUUAACUUGAGUCCAAGCUCGUACAAUAGUGAGGUUGAAGGAGUUGAAGGAAUUAUGGCCGCUUAUAAUUCUGCUCUUCAAACCGUUGCACUUUCCGGACCUACUUUAUUUGGUAAAGUAGUUCACAGAGCUGCAGAAAUCGCUGGCCAGUCCCUCGAACAGACUAAGAGCAAGUAUUAUGUACUGUUAAUCAUCACGGAUGGAGUUCUCUCAGAUUCCCAAGAAAGUAUAGAUGCGUUGGUGAGGGCAUCUGACUUACCGUUAUCCGUCCUUAUUGUCGGGGUGGGUGGUGCUGAUUUUACACAGAUGGAGAUACUUGAUGCUGAUAAAGGGCAUCGGUUGGAGAGCUCUACAGGUCGUAUAGCAACUCGAGACAUUGUUCAAUUUGUUCCAAUGCGUGAUGUUCAAGCAGGGCAAAAACCCAUGGUUGAAGCGCUCUUGGAAGAGUUACCCGGGCAAUUUCUGUCUUACAUGCGUAGUAGAGACAUCAAGCCAUUAAUGUGAACAUUGUAAAGACGUUCCCUCAAGUGCCCAUUUUAUCGACCAUGCCAUUUAGCUUCAAACAAAGAUGAUGUUUGCUGGAUUAGUUUAAUGAUGGGUAACAAGUACAUUUAUAUGGGCAUAGGCUUUGGUAGUUUUUGCAGGGUGCAAACUGUAUAUAUAUAAAUAUCUGCUUAGGUUUUUAGUGGUUGUUACUCGUUUGAGCCUUCGAGGUAUUCAUUGGUUUGUUGAUGAGAUGGUGAUAGAGAAUAUUCUACAUACAAUCUCUACCAUUUGGUCAUUGGUUUGUUUAUGGGAGGUGUUAGUUUCAUAAUUCCUUUAUUCUUUGAUACCUACUGUAUAUUACGAAGUAUUGUCUCUAAUAUAAGAUGCUUGAAUUUUUCCUACUAUAUGGCCAGUUUGAUUUGAGACUUUGAGCAA